GUCGCCGCCGGAGCAGAAGUUGCACUAUGGAGUUUGGCACAUUGGCGCUGUUUACACUUUUCUCCUCCUUCUACAACGUGUUAGCGCUGUCGCCCACAGGCGUGUGUCUCCUGCAAGUGGACGAGGGACCCUGCAGGGCAGAGAUUGAGAGCUACUUCUACAACACCAUCACGCAAAAGUGCGAGAUUUUCUACUAUGGGGGGUGCCAGGGGAAUGCCAACAACUUCAGGAGUUACCAGCAGUGCCAGAAGACUUGUUUCAGAAUCCCAAAGAUUCCACAGAUCUGCAGGUUUCCUAAAGAAGAGGGACCCUGCCGUGCCCUCUUCCGCCACUACUUCUUCAACAUGACCACCAUGCAGUGCGAGACCUUUUAUUAUGGGGGCUGUCAUGGGAACUCCAACCGCUUCAAGGACCAUACCAGUUGCAUGGAAUACUGCAGCCCACGGAAAACUGUUCCCGUGCUCUGCUUGGACCCAAUGGACAAAGGGAAGUGUUCGGCCUCUAUAACCCGGUAUUACUACAACGGCGCCACCAAGAAGUGCGAGGAGUUCACCUACUCAGGCUGUGGAGGCACCAGCAACAACUUUGUCUCCAGGCAGAGCUGCAGGGACGUGUGUGUUAAAGGAGGGAAGAAGCGCACAGGCCUAAGAAAAGUCCGACGCAGGAUACGGAAUAGAAAUAAUCAAAUCGUUCACGCAGGCGUAGGCGUCUGACUCUCGAUCUCACAGAUGCUCACACGGCCGAGCCUGUGACGGAAAGAACCAAGUAUUAAACUGACUGUUUGUGCCAAAAGAAAAACGACCAGGUCACAUUUGUUGUGACCGGAAGAGUCUUGAAUACAUCCUGGUUGUAUUUGAAGGAUUUGUUUCAAAUGUGUUUUUACUGUAUAUUGUUGAUGAUGUUUAUUACUACUGCACUCGUGUUUUUAUACUGUAUGUAUUUAAGAUAUGUUUUCUAUAAGUAAUACAUUAUGACAGUCACAUUUUCUGAUGUGACAAACUGUGUUAUGAGCACAUUUUGUAUGAAAUAUAUCGAAUUUUAUAAAGUU